UAUAUAUGUGCUAACAUGGUGCCCACAACUCUAACUUUGAAGGGAUGUUUUCCAAGCUCUUAUGAAUGAAGUAGUAGUAUACAUUGAAUCUAAAGCUAGCUCUGAAGCAACAAUAGGAAGAAAUGGGAAAGUCUCAGAAUUGGUUCGGCGUCAUUCGAAGAAAGCUUUUCAGGUAUUCUCAUCAUGAAACUGUCAUUCUUCUCCACGCCAAUAACACCACCACCACGAGCUUCACAGAGGAUGCAACUGCCACAGAAGAUGCAGUCAAUCGCGACGUAACAAAAUCAGAAGCUGCUUUUUCUUCUCCCUCCAGUAGCCCGACCCCGAAGAAAGAGUUACUAUCUGAAGAAGACAUUGCAGCCAUGAAGAUCCAAGCCUCUUUUAGGGCCCAUCUUGCAAGGAAAGCAUUUCGAGCGCUGAAGAGUCUUGUGAAGGUGCAAGCGGUGGUUCGCGGAGCCUACGUGAGAAAACAAGCUCGAAUGGCCUUACAUUGCAUGCAUGCGCUUGCCCAAUUGCAGGUCACCGUCAGAGCACGCCAACUCCUCAGCAGAUGUAGUGAUAAUUGAUUCACAAGUAAUACUAGCCACAGAGUUCUUUCAUGACAAGUCAUAAGCCUUCCAGUGGCGAGAGAGACCAAACAAUUAGGUCGUUUCAGCUAAUGGGCAAAACCGGCAUUUUAGCUGAUCGAAUGAAUCUCCAAAUUGAUUUAGAGAACUCAUAAUCAAAGAAAAGAUGGGAGUAGGAUUCUUUAUAGGACAACUUAAUUAGAGUUGAAGUUUGGCAGAGAUACCAACAACCUGUUUCCAAUUUCUAAUUAAUUUUAUUCUUUGCAUUUUUAAUAUUUUAUAUAUAUUCAAAUUAUGAUUACUUUUUAACUUUAUUUGUUUAGAUCUUUA